AGUCUUCGUAACAUGUUACUAGGUACCGUAUAGUACAUGUAGGCUGUAGCACUAGAACAUCUGGCUUGGGUGUCCUUAUUGUACAUAUUAUAUAUUGGUGGCUCCCUCUUCUUUGUUCAUCUCCAUUGUUGCAAAUCUGAAUUAGUACUUGCUUGUGUGUUUUAUUAGAGAGAAGUUUAGAGAAGGUGGGCGCGAGGAGAAGAUUAGAUCAUUUCUAAUUGUAGAGAUAGAAAGACAAAACACCCACAUGUCGUCUUAUUAGUUUUAUCCACUGCCGCAGCUUUUUCUGCUGGUAUUGGUUUUGUUUUAUUAAGCUUAUUCUCCAUCAUUCGCCUUGCGACUACAACGACAUACAACGACGACAACACCGAUGAUAACGAUUGCCCAUUCCUGAAUUAUAUUCCUUCUUUGAUAUCCGCUUCACCAAUCAUCAGAUAUACUCAUGGUUGUUCUGAUACUUGACCGCAUUUCCCUGCUCCAUGAACGUUCGCGACCCUUUCGGCCUCCAUCGAAAGAGUGCUCUUUCUAUCCUGAGAACAACCGCAUCGCAGGCUGCUGUCGAUCUUACCGAACGCGCCGUCGAGGCGAGUAUUCAUGCCAUCGAGAAGAGCAAACAAGCCGUCGAUGAACUUGACAUGUCAUUUUCCGUUCCUAAAAAUGUUCCCUCGUUUGGAAACCCCCAGAGGCUAGCGGAGGAUCGUGUCUGGGGCAACACUGCUGUUACCUCACGAGGUGGAAAAGGAGCUUCCACGAACACCAACAAGAACGCAGGAAUACUCGGAGGGGUGCAAGAUCGAGUGAAUAACCUCUUUGACGAUCGGAAUACUCUCCCCAUGUACAAGGAUAAGCCUUACGCAUACCCGGCUUCUCAUCGAGCCAGACCCAUCUGGCGGAGAAAACGGCUACUCAUCCCUGUCCUGCUGCUGAUCUUUGUGCUGUACUACUUGGGUGCAUUUGGUAGCAACCAUGAUACCCCCGUGUCUUCGGCACCUGUAUGGGCCUGGCUCACCGGUUCGGAAUCGGCAAGUACUGCUGACUGGUCUGAAAGGAGGGAGCGCGUAGUGGAAGCCUUUACUUUAAGUUGGGAUGCAUAUGAGCGAUAUGCCAUGGGUUAUGACGAGUUUCAUCCCGUAUCGAAGAAGGGUCAUCAAAUGGCUCCGCAAGGGAUGGGCUGGAUUAUCGUGGAUGCGCUAGACACCAUGAUUCUAAUGAACCUGACUUCCCGUGUCGCCACCGCGAGGCAAUGGAUUUCAACCUCUCUAUCCUAUGACCAAGACCAAGACGUCAGCACCUUCGAAACCACCAUACGUAUGUUAGGUGGCCUACUCUCAGCCCAUUAUCUCUCCAACGAGUUCCCGGAACUUGCACCGUUAGCCGAUGAUGAUCCAGGCGCACCAGGAGAGGACCUAUAUCUCGAGAAGGCUAAAGAUUUGGCUGAUCGGCUUGUGGCCGCCUUCGACUCUCCCUCGGGUGUUCCCUAUGCAAGCGUUAACUUGGCCAAAUAUGAAGGCCUACCAGCUCACGAUGAGGGAGGUGCCUCGUCUACAGCUGAGACGACUACCUUACAACUCGAGUUUAAGUAUAUCGCUAAGCUUACCGGCGAGAAGUAUUUUUGGGAUAAAGCCGAGAAGGUAAUGGAAGUUGUGGAUAAUAAUGGUGUUCAGGAUGGUCUGGUUCCCAUCUUCAUUUAUGCCACAGACGGUACUUUCAGAGGCCAGAAUAUCCGACUGGGAAGCCGGGGAGACUCUUACUAUGAAUAUCUCAUCAAGCAAUACCUGCAAACAAACAAGCAGGAACCUGUCUAUCUAGAGAUGUGGGAUGAGUCUUUGCGAGGAGUUCGCAAACAUCUCGUUACCUAUACAGAACCCUCCGGCUUCACCAUCAUCGGAGAGCGACCCGAUGGUCUGAAGAAUGCUCUUUCGCCCAAAAUGGACCACUUGGUCUGUUUCAUGCCGGGCACGAUUGCCCUUGCCGCCACGGGUGGACUGACAGAAGCAGAGGCUAAAAAGCAGCCGACAUGGACCAAGAAAAACGAAGCCGACAUGCAAUUAGCGAGAGAGCUAAUGCAGACAUGUUGGGGCAUGUAUAAAUGGAUGGCAACUGGCCUAGCGGCUGAGAUUACCUAUUUCAACAUUGCAGAUCCCCCUCUCCCCGAGUCUGCUCCGCACAAUCCGCCGGCUAAGUUCGACGAGGAUCCCGAGGCGGAGUGGCGAAAGGACUACAACGUCCACGGUAUGGACACACACAAUCUACAACGGCCAGAGACGGUGGAGAGUCUAUUCUACAUGUGGAGGAUCACUGGCGAUGUCAAGUAUCGAGAAUGGGGUUGGGAGAUGUUCAAGUCCUUCAUGAAUCACACAGCUGUUCCGGAUGGCGGAGGAUUUUCGAGCCUCUCGAAUGCAAACAAGAUUCCGGCACCGAUGCGAGACAACAUGGAGAGUUUCUGGCUGGCUGAGACACUGAAAUAUUUUUAUCUUCUCUUUUCACCAAACGAUGUCCUCCCACUGGAUAAGGUCGUCAUCAACACCGAGGCACAUGCCUUCCCGCGGUUUGAUAUGGGCCAGCUUUUCUCGACGGGGUGGAAGCGAAAGCCAAGGGACUCGGAAGGAAACAUUAUUGCAUAAGUUGUGAGCUGAGAGGGUUAUCGAGCACAUACAUUGCAUAUAUCAAGACCACGUACAUGUGGUUUUGAAGCAUCAUUGGCGUAAUGUGUCUUUUUGGGGGGGGGGAAGCGGGGAGAAGGUGGGGGAUGUUUGUCUUGCUUUGACGUUGGCCGCGUAGUAAGUAUAUAAGGCUUAGGUAGAGUAAAAGAAAAUGUACAAAGUUUUAUUUGUUGCAAUUGAUUGCAUGUGUAUGCGCAUUACCUAGUAGGUACAUGUAGGUAGUACGCAUUUAUUAGGUACUAGUUAUGUAGGUAGUUACACAUGUAAAUAAUUACUAUUGA